CUGUCUGCCAGGUUGAGAGGGGAAUGUGAAAGUGAGAAAUUUAACAAGGUAACCGGGGAAACAGGACAGCCAGAGCAACGUCCAAUCCGAUGGAGCUUCAGCAGCCGUAACUUUGUUUGACGGAGGACCAGAGUUUUGUUGCACAAGCUUGUCAAGCUCAGGUUUGUUGAAGCUAUCAGCAGGGGUAAGCAGGUGAAAAAAAGAGCCGUACGACGUCCUGUUUCUGCAGUGGAGUGUAGAAAGUCUUUUGUGGACGGUACAAUGAGAGAAGAGGUGUCCUGCACCAACUCCCCUGAAGGAGGGCUGGGGGCCAGCGAAGAAGAGCUGGAGAGGGGAUCGAAGAAGACCCUUCAAACAGGAAACCGAAAACGUUCCCCUUACCCCAAGAAGGACAGCCUCGGUCAGGCAGAGGAGAGCAGCACCGGCAGCCCCAACAGCCAGCUGCCGUCUGGACCGAAGAGGUUGAAGAAGAGCCCUUCCACAGUCGUGUCAUUGGCCCCAACGUCGCUGGGCCCCAGGCCAGAGCAGCCCUUCGAGGACCUCCACUCUCAGCGCGUCAUAGCCAACGUGCGAGAGCGUCAACGCACUCAGUCUCUGAACGACGCCUUCGCCUCUCUACGCAAGAUCAUCCCCACGCUACCUUCAGACAAGCUGAGCAAGAUCCAGAUCCUGAAGCUAGCCUCGCGCUACAUCGACUUCCUCUACCAGGUGCUGCAGAGUGACGAGAUGGACGCCAAGCUGGCCAGCUGCAACUACCUGGCCCACGAAAGACUCAGCUACGCCUUCUCUGUCUGGAGGAUGGAGGGGGCCUGGGCCAUGUCUACUAGCCACUAGGACCCCCUCAAACUUUUCUCCUAAAUCCUCUCGUGUCCACAUCUCCACCCCACCGCCUCUGUCUGUGUUUACGCCAUUUCCUGACCUCUGAACCUCUGAAUUCAUGUCUUCUGGUCUGAUCUUUAUCUUUUCAUCUCAAACCUUUGCAUACAUUUCUCACUCUGCUCAGUCUCAGUGCUCCAUAAUGUUUCACUCCAUUAACAUCCACUAAAAUCCAUAGUUGGGUUAUGUGCAACUAAAACCUCUUGCAGUUCACUCUGUUUCCCUCCAUUGUUUCCACUUCCCCUGUCGGUCCCACAGUUUAGUCCAGUGCAACAAGACGCUCCACUGCAGCCCCUCAGAAAACCCACAAAUGGAAAAUUCUCAACAUUCAAAGUAGAAAUUUGUUCCUGCCUCACCAGCCAUCCCCGCUUUUUUUUUUUUUUUUUUAUCUUAAAAAAAAAUCUUUUUUUCUCUUUCUCCGGACACGUGCUCGACUCAUGACACUGAGAUGUAUAUUCUUGUCUGUAACUGUUUUCGCUGAGUGUUUCUGAAACACUGCUGAGGAGACGUGACAGUCCAGUCAAGCGCUGAACAUUUUGAAUGGUGAAAACAAGAAAAAAACAAACCAACUAAUAAACAAACAAACAGCUGGCCUGCGGUGACAAUGAAACAAAAUGGCUGCUGGUUCGAGUGCCUUGGGUAACACCAUGAUAACCAUCAUCCACCCGACUCUUCACAUCGGAUGACUCACUGCCAGACAGACAUUAAGAUGACUAAUGAUAAUGGCACAGUGAUGGUUAGAGGGCGGUCACAGCCAAUGAAUGUUUACAGCUAAAAUGCUAAUAAGCUAAUCGUUCUGGCUCUCAAAACCCCGUCUCGUGGGAAAAAGAAGAGCAUGAGGAAUCUGACGCAGAUCUUCUUCUUUGUUGUGCUGUAGUAACUGGAUAGCUUUCUGUGUAUUUUGGACUUUUUUUUUUUAAAGUGUAUCUGUUUGUGAAUUUGGUGUAUGGACACUGUAACUCUGCUAAUGCAUUAUACUUGGCUUUAAUGUAAAAUGUCCAUGGGAAAAUGACUUAAACCACUGAUCACUACUCAACAUUGGGAUAUUUUUUUACUUCAGUUUUUCUGUUAUUAGUGAGCGUAGCAGAAAGUUGUAUUUUAAAAUGCUAAAUCAGUGUUUGUCUGCUAUUUCCUGUAGCUUUAAAAAAUAGCUUUGCAAACUUGACUAUUUUCAAUAAAGGAUGCAAAAAAAAAAAAAAAAAAAAAGAAUCUAAAGUUUCUUGUAAAAUUUGCCAAAGUGACGAUGAUUACAGCCACAGUAUAGAGGAAUCAUUUGUAACCAUAACUCGUCUAAUUGCUGUUCGCUCAUGUUUCUUCUGUAUUUGCUUUUGGUCAUCUUUAUCGUGUCGGCUCCUGUGGACAAUAAAUAUUUUCUUGAUGCUGUAUAUAAGUGCAAUAUUUUGAUAAUCAAGCGAAUAAUACAUGACAUGUUGGCAAGCUAUGAGAUAUGAGAGAAAGCUGUGGGG